AUGUUCUACAGCCAUGAGAUCCUCACAUCACCCGAGCACGGUGUCGCAACCAUCUGGCUCGUCGCAACUCUAGGUUCCCGCUCUGUCUCCAGACGACUCAAUAGAAAGGCCAUCCAGGAUGUGGACGUUCCCAACGCAUGCAGGGUCAUCAUCAACCCCGAAGCACCAAUGGCCCUCCGACUCCAAGGCAGUCUACUAUACGGCGUGUCUAGAGUCUACAACCAGCAAUGCGGCUAUACCCUCCUAGAUACGCAGGCCAUGCACGACAAAAUGGUCACGCAGUUGAAGAUCAUCCAGGGAACAGGUCUUGAUCCCACUGCCGGACAAGCAAAACCGAAUACCUUACUCCUGCCCUACGACCCGUCCUUCCUCCCUGAGACUGGUCUCCCAGGCCUGGAGAUUGAUAUGUCUGCUUUCGCUUCGGGCGAUGACACUUCCCAGAUGAGUAGUCUGUGGAGCAGGUCGCCGGUCAAUAGUCUGUCGAUGGGGUCGCAGCUUUCGAGCUUGCGGCUUGAAAUCCCUUCAGAUGCGGGGCUUGGUGAAGACAGUAUCAUGGGACUUGAAAAACCGAGAAAGGAUGUCACUGUUCAGAUUGCCGCGCUUGGAUUGGAAGAGGGUGUUCUUCUCCAGCCGGACUUUGAGUUCGAUGAGGAUGGGAAUUUAAUCGAGCUUGGGAAGGUCGUAUCUCCACGCAAGAAUGCUAAACAGAGUGGAAUAUCCGAGCAGCAAGUCCAGGAUCAGCUCUGGGAUGAUCAGAUGCUCGUUGAUGAUCCUCCUGUCCAAAACGACCAGAUGGAUAUCGACACGCAUAUCCCACCAAAUGCCAACAAUGUCCCUCCCAUGCAAGUCGACAUCCAACCUACUCAAAUGCGUCGCAUCCGACAACCAAAAGUAAUAAUCACCGACGAAGCAACCUCCCUCCGCAACAUGGAACUAGGCCGCUGGAACAGCGACUACGUAGCCAACAUGACAGAAGCCCGCAAACAAAAGCAACAAACCAAGAACCCCAGCAUUUCCAAGAAAAACGCCGCAUUCUGGGUCUUCGGCCAAGGAAUCGGCUCUGUCGGAAUCGGCCUAGGUGUCCACCACUCACAACACCCAUUAAACAACUUCUCAGGCACAUCUCUCCUGGACGCAGUCUGCCAACGCAAACGCAAACACACAGACGAGAAUCCCGAACGCAACGUCCGCACUAAAGAAGAAGAACUAAGUCGUGCCAACCUCGAUCGACACAACAUGGACGAAGUAGGUCGUGAUGCACCAUCUAGUAUUCUAGACGACCGAUCCUCCCAAAUGCCAUGGAAUAUCACAGCCUCAAUCAAAAGUUCACUUCGACCACGCCGCUUCGGCAGCAGUGAGAUCUCAUCUCGUAAAGGACGCAGUCGUCUCGCGAGCGCAAGUCCCCUCGCUGGUCGUGGAUACCGGGAUAUCGAAGAUCUUGAUUUCGGAGACGAUCUAGAUCUCACUCGGUAUUUGGAGGGUGAGCUUGCCACAGACCGGGGGGAUAUCAGUUCUAUUUCGCCAAGGUCAGUCCGGGGUGUCAAGGCGAGUCUUGAUGCAGAGAGUUUGCAUUUCUUUGAAUUUAUGAAAUCGCGAAUGGGUGAAAAAGGAAUCAGUCUUAGUCCGCUGGCGAGCCCGGUCGGUCGAGUUGGUUCUAUUACGUUUGCUGGCUUGAUGCCGCCGGUUAGUACGACGCGUGCGGUUGCGACGCAGGCAUUGGUUCAUGUGCUUACGCUGGCUACGAAGGGGGUGGUGUGUAUUCAUCAGGAUCGGGGUGAAUGGUCUGAUGAGUCUGGUCUGUAUGGGGAGAUUCACUUGCGAUUUACGGGGGUGUGA